UGUCGUCCUCUAUCAGAGAAAGAAGUACAGAAAGGAUACGAAAGGGUAGUGGAGAUGAACACAAAAAGAGGUGUUAUUGAGAUUAGAAAUCCUAAAUUGCCACCAUCGGAUCCAAAGAAAACCUUUACAUUUGAUACUGUUUAUGACUGGAAUUCCAAACAGAGGGAUUUGUAUGAGGAGACUUUCAGAGAUCUUGUGGAGAAUGUUCUUCAGGGAUUUAACGGGACAAUUUUUGCCUAUGGUCAGACUGGAACAGGCAAAACACAUACAAUGCAAGGAUUAAAAAAUGAUCCUGAACAGCGAGGGGUGAUUCCUAACUCAUUUGAACAUAUAUUUAGUCAUAUAUCUAACUCGGAAAAUCAACAGUACCUCAUAAGGGCCUCUUACUUAGAAAUAUACCAGGAGGAAAUACGUGACCUUUUAUCAAAGGACCAGAACAGACGUUUAGAAUUGAAGGAACGACCAGAUACGGGUGUUUAUGUGAAGGACUUGUCAUCAUUUGUGACAAAGAGUGUACGAGAAAUUGAACAUGUUAUGAACGUAGGUAACCAGAACAGAUCUGUCGGAGCUACAGACAUGAAUGAGCACAGUUCUAGAAGUCAUGCCAUCUUUAUCAUUACUAUAGAAUGUAGUGAGAUGGGGGCAGAUGAAGAAAACCAUAUCAGAGUUGGUCGUCUUAAUUUGGUAGAUUUAGCAGGAAGUGAAAGACAGGAAAAAACAAAAUCUGAAGGUCAAAGGUUAAAAGAAGCUACAAAAAUCAACCUGUCGUUGUCAGCCUUGGGUAACGUGAUCUCAGCACUUGUUGAUGGCAAGAGUACACAUAUACCUUACAGAGAUUCUAAACUCACCAGGUUAUUACAAGAUUCUCUGGGUGGAAAUGCCAAGACUGUGAUGGUUGCCAAUAUUGGGCCUGCAGAUUAUAACUUCGAUGAAACCAUGAGUACCCUCAGAUAUGCAAAUAGAGCCAAGAAUAUCAAGAAUAAACCUAAGAUUAAUGAAGAUCCUAAAGAUGCAUUGUUGAGAGAAUUCCAAGAAGAAAUAGCCAGACUGAAAGCAAACUUAGCCGGGAAGGGAGGUCCAAAGAAAAAGAAGAGAAGGAAGCAUGCUAGAAGGAAUGAGAAUGGGGAGAUAAUCAGUGAUUCAGAAGGUGAUGAUGAUGAAGAAGAAGAAGAGGAAAGUAAUGAAGCAGACGCUGAGGCAUACAUGCAGGAACAACAAGCCAAACUAGAACAAGAGAAAGAGGCUAUCUUAAAUAACAAAAGCAUGAUUCAAACAGAAAAAGACAGAAUCUUGAAUGAGAUACAAGAGAAAGAGGGAAGGAUGAAGAAAAAGAAAAAGAAAAGGGGGCCAGUUUGAGUCUAAAUUAAGGCUAUGGAGAGUAAGUUAUUGAUGGGUAACAUAGUGGAUCAUACUAACAAACAACAGAAGGCAUUAGAACAGAGAAGAAAGGAGAUUGCCCAACAAAUGCAAGUAGAGAGGGAUAUACAGAGAAAGUUGGAGGAGAAAGAGGAAUCUGCUGUAGAGUUACAGGAAACAUAUGUGUCUCUACAACAAGAAGUGGAGGUGAAAACAAAAAAACUGAAGAAGUUAUUUGCAAAGUUACAAGCUACGAAGCAAGAAAUCCAGGAUCUUCAGGAGGAACAUGUCAAAGAACGCCAGGAGCUAGAACAGACCCAGAAUGAACUUACACGAGAACUAAAGCUCAAAAUGUUGAUCAUCGACAAUUUCAUUCCAUCGGAGGAGAAAACCAAACUUCAGAAUCGUGCCAUUUAUGAUGAGGAUGAAGAUACAUGGACUUUAAAACCUCUUGCAAAUAAAAACUCACAAACCAUGGCUAAGAGGCCCAAAUCAGCUUGUGGUAAUAGAAGACCUGUGUCAGAGUAUGCCAAGAUGGCAGCUGCCAUGGGAGGAAAUCCAAGAUUUAAGGUAAAGUAUUUUACAUGUAGUGCAAGAUGGAAUAACAUUUGAUAAAAGUGUCCAUCUGUA